AUGGCUUCAACAGCCUCCGUUGGUGAAGCAGUGGCAAGGAUAGCAUAUGCUUCCAGCGAUGUUGUACUCUCUGUACAGCCUGCUCUUGGCGCCGACUCCGAAUUUUCGAGACAACUGCAUUCACUCGCUUCAAAGCGAAUGCCAGGUAUCAUAGCCAAAGAACCUGAGGUGCAUGCAAUACGACAUAAUGUGGACCCUCUCCUGUCCGCUUUCCAGCCCCUCCGGUCAGGAAAGCUCGUCUCAGUCACGACAUCUUCAUCGAUACUGCUAUCCUCGAUCCCUCAUCUAUAUAAGCUCGCCCAAUAUCCCAUAGUCAUACAUGUGGCCCUCCAUUCAUUUGGAUACCCAGACUAUUCCGAGAUCACGUCAAUACGGCAAUGUGGCUUUACCUUUUUGCAGUCGGAGACACUGCGCGAGGGCCAGGAUAUAGCAUUGUCAGCGCAUGCCUUGGCUGCGAAGUCUGGCAAGGGUGUCAUCCAUUUCUUUGAUCCUGCGAAUUCGAAGAAUGACUACCCUGUGCCUGUGGAAGAUCCGGAGUUGAUCAAGAAGGUUUUGGACACCGAUGCCGCAGCGGAAUAUAGAUCAAUAUCAACACCAGGGUCGUCUCUCUACGUUGAUGAAGGCAGGCGGCCGACCAUCACUGCGAACAAAAACUCAAAUGCGUCACCCGAGGGCCCCACGAUCUCACCGCUGUUGGCAAGAGAAGCAAUCAUCGAAGGAGAGGCCAAGGUUACAAGUCGUGCGGGGUCGUCGAUUGGCUCGUCCGCCCGCGAAAGCAGCGCAGAUAGCCGGCCUACAAUGUCUUCUGCGACAUCAAUAAACUCUACAGCGACCCGGCCCGUCACUUCGGAAGAUAUAAGCACCUUCUUGUCUGGAAUCUGGUCGCAAAUCAGCACAGCGACCGGCCGCACUUACCGAGCUUUCGAAUACUCGGGACCAGAUGACGCGGAGUCAGCCCUCUUCGUCUUCGGUUCCACUGGCUUAUUUAUCGACGAAAUUCUAGAAGCCAAGCCGUCGGAUGAGUUCGCCAAGUGCGGCAUCAUUACAGCCCGUCUUUACAGACCCUGGAUCAGUAGCGAUCUGCUCGAAGCUGUUCCUACAUCAGUGAAAAGAAUAGCUGUUCUCGAACAAAUACGAAAAAAGACAGUGAAGUGGGGACCUGUAUUACUGGACCUUUUGACCAGCCUCCGCACCGGGCCAUUGACAGCCGGUCCACCGUUGAUAGUGGGCCAUCGAUUAGGCUACAUAGAACCUGCAACUGCUCGUCAAGCUUUGCGCGGAAUUUUUCAGAACCUCAGAUCGACAUCUCCCAUCCAAAAUCUCGAGGUUGGUAAUCAUCAGCAGCCUUGGGUCUCACUGAACGAAUACAGCUUGGAACAACCCAAAAUCGAAAGUGCAUACAUGAAAAUGCUCGACCAGUUGUUUGGUGAGCGGCUUCAUUUAGCAAAUCGCCUCGACGCCACGGAUGCUGGCAUAUCUCCUUCUAUUGCAGCGAAUCCGGAGUUCGGGUUUGGCUCUCUUCUCGCCCGCAUGGAUCAUCGAAUGAGGUUUAUCGGAGACGUCCAAGAAGCUGCAGCAAGUCGAGACUUUGUUACUGAUAUACCUCAAAGCUGGCUUUCGAAAUGGGCAUUAAGCGCAGAAGAUCCUAAAAAGGCCAACGCCUUGGCGCAAGAAGUGAUCGCACGAUUGAGUACGGAUGGCUCAAAGCUGGCAUCUCAGCUUCUGUCCUCGAAGUCUUUGUUCUUCAAGGAGUCUCAAUGGCUCAUUGGAUCGGAUGCUUGGUCCUACGAUCUAGGCAAUUCCGGAGUGCAUCACGUCAUUGCAUCUGGUGCAAACGUGAACAUGCUGAUCAUUGACUCCCAGCCCUGGUCGGAGAGAGUUGCUGCUGAUGCGACCAGAAGGAAGAAGGAUAUCGGUUUGUAUGCAAUGAAUUUCGGGAACGCUUACGUUGCCUCUGUAGCUGUCUACAGUUCGUAUACCCAAGUGCUAGAAGCUAUGAUCGAAGCAGACCAGUUUGAUGGACCUUCGGUCGUCGUUGCAUAUCUCCCCUACAAUAAGGAAAAUGACUCGCCAUUGACUGUCUUGCAAGAGACUAAGAAAGCUGUCGAUCUGGGUUACUGGCCAUUGUACCGAUGGAAUCCCAAUAAUGAGGAGAAGGGCGAAGCGAACUUUUCGCUUGAUUCUGAGCGGAUCAAGCAAGAGCUUGAGGAGUUUCUGAAAAGGGACAAUCACUUGACACAGUUGAUGAACAGACAUCCAGAAUUCGCUGCUAAUCUAUCUGAGUCGUAUGGCACUGAAGUGCGUACACUGCAAAAGCGACGCGCGAAGGACGCAUACGACAAGAUGCUUGAGAGUCUUUAUGGGGCUCCUGUGACCAUCAUUUAUGCCUCAGACAAUGGUAAUGCCGAAAGCUUGGCUAAGCGACUCGGUAACAGGGGAAAGGCGAGAGGUCUCAAGACCAUUGUUAUGGCCAUGGACGACUAUCCUCUGGAGGAUCUACCCGGAGAAGAAAACGUGGUGAUGAUAACAAGUACCGCUGGCCAGGGAGAAUUUCCACAGAAUGGGCGCGCUUUCUGGGGUGCGGUCAAAGAAAACGCUGAAUUGGACCUAUCCCAAAUCAACUAUACCGUGUUUGCGCUUGGUGAUCGUCACUACUGGCCUAGGAAAGAGGACAAGAUUUAUUACAACAAGCCAGGCAAGGAUUUGGAUGCAAGAGUAUCUUUCCUGGGUGGCAGACGUCUUAUUGAUAUUGGACUUGGAGAUGAUCAGGAUCCCGACAGCUACCAGACCGGUUACAGUGAGUGGGAGCCAAAGCUAUGGCAGGCACUCAAUGUCGACAAGGUCGAAGGCCUACCCGAGGAGCCUCCACCAAUCACGAACGAAGAUAUCAAGAUCCAAUCAAAUUUCCUGCGCGGUACAAUUGCCGAAGGUCUCGAGGAUCAUAGCACUGGGGCUAUCGCGGCUUCAGACCAACAGCUUACAAAGUUCCAUGGGACUUAUAUGCAAGAUGACCGCGAUCUUCGUGACGAGCGAAAAGCACAGGGUCUGGAACCCGCCUAUGCUUUCAUGAUCCGGUGUAGAUUGAAUGGCGGCGUUGCUACUCCAUCGCAGUGGCUGCAAAUGGACGCCAUUAGCAGUUCGUACGGUAAUGAGACCAUGAAGAUGACCACCAGGCAAACAUUUCAAUUUCAUGGCGUGAUCAAGAGCAAGCUCAAGUCAGCUAUGCGAGGUAUCAACAAAGCGCUAAUGACGACAAUAGCCGCCUGCGGUGAUGUGAACCGCAAUGUCAUGUGCAGCUCUCUACCAACCCAGUCUGCAUAUCACCGAGAUGUCCAUCAAACAGCAGCUAGGAUCAGCGACCACUUAUUACCUGCCACAACCGCCUACCAUGAGAUUUGGCUGAAAGAUGAUAACGAUAAGCAGACAAAGGUUGCCGGCGAUGCAAUUGUUGACCGCGAGCCUCUUUACGGCCCAACUUACCUUCCUCGAAAAUUUAAGAUCACCAUCGCAAUUCCACCUCACAAUGAUACUGAUGUAUUCGCUCACGACGUCGGUCUUAUUGCCAUCAAAGGCAGUAAUGGGCGUUUGGAAGGUUUCAACGUUCUUGCGGGUGGUGGUAUGGGUGUGACGCACAACAAUAAGAAGACCUACCCUCGUACAGGCAGUAUGAUGGGCUAUGCUUCUGCCGAAAAGAUCCAAUUCGUUUGCGAGAAAAUCAUGCUCGUCCAACGCGACAACGGUGACCGUACGAAUAGGAAGCAUGCAAGGCUAAAGUACACUAUCGACGACAUGGGUGUUGACGUAUUCCGCUCCAAGGUCGAAGAUCUUCUCGGAUAUCAGUUCGAGGAGCCCAGACCUUUCGAAUUCGAGUCCAACAUCGAUACAUUCGGCUGGCAGAAGGACGAGUUCGGGAUGAAUCAUUUCACUUUUUUCAUCGAGAACGGACGCAUCGAAGAUACGGCGGAUUACCCCAUGAAGACAGGCUUGCGCGAGAUUGCCAAAGUGCACAAAGGCGAGUUCCGCCUGACAGGCAAUCAGCAUCUUUGCCUUUCCGGCGUGCACGACGAUGAUCUGGACAGUAUCAGGGAGAUGAUGAAGCAAUACAACCUCGACAAUGUGCAAUUCUCCGGCUUGCGAUUAAGCUCGUCAGCUUGUGUGGCGUUCCCAACAUGCGGUCUCGCGAUGGCGGAGUCGGAACGUUACUUGCCGCAACUGAUUACCAAACUUGAAGAUUGUUUGGAAGAGAACGGGCUGAAGCAGGACAGUAUCGUGAUGCGCAUGACUGGAUGCCCCAACGGCUGUGCAAGGCCAUGGCUAGCUGAGGUGGCUUUUGUUGGCAAGGCCUAUGGGGCUUAUAACAUGUACCUUGGCGGCGGCUACCACGGCCAACGGCUGAACAAGCUAUAUCGUAGCUCGAUACAAGAAGAAGAGAUAUUGGAAAUUAUGAAGCCAAUGCUCAAGCGAUACGCAAUGGAGAGAAAACAAGAGGAACACUUUGGGGAUUGGGUCAUCAGAGCGGGCUACAUCAAGCCUACGACGGAAGGAAAAACAUUCCAUGACGACGUUGCUGAAGCAGAGAGCGAUGAUGAGGCCUGA